AUGUCAUCCGAUAUCCAGUUCGCCGUCGGGCCCGACUUGGCCCCUCCCAUUUCCCAACUACCAGACGAAAUCCUAUGCAAGAUCUUCUCAGACGCCCAGGAAUACGAUAUCUUCAGCCGAAGCUCGGAGAUGGUGCGGAAAUUCAGGUCCUGGCUCGCAGUCACCCACGUUUGCGUUAGAUGGAGGAACGCCGCCCUCGCUUGCUCCGCACUCUGGGGUCGACUAAUAACGAACGCAGCUGGGCCCGAGUGGCUCAAGGCGAUGACCGAGAGGUCCAAACAGUGCUCGAUCUCAGUCCGAAUCGACGCAGACGUACUGGAGCAUGAGAAGGCAAUUCGAGGGAUGCUCCUUCGGCCGUCUCGACUCAGGGCAUUGCGGAUGUACGGUGGAACGGCCAGCCUCCAGCAAGCUCUCGCGUUGUUGAAAGUCCCAGCGACCCAACUCGAGGAGCUCAAUAUUGCCUUCCCCUCUUUGAUGACCCCGGGGAAGUCCAUCUUCCCCGACAACUUCCUCGCGAACCACGCUCCGAAGCUACAGCGGCUGACCCUCACGAAUUGCGACUUCCCGUGGCAUCCGUCUCCUCGCUUUGACAAUCUAACAACACUCAAUAUCACUCACUACGCAAACAGCCUCCACCCACCUCCUCUAUCGCGCCUCCAAGUUCUCUUGGACGCGUUGGCAGAAAUGCCAAAUCUCGUGGAACUCAAUUUACAGCAGUUCGCGGUACAUAGGGCGCGAGCCCAAAUUCAACCAAAAUUUGAUGCGCGGCCACAACGUCAAGCUGGUGGCAGCCGCGCCAGCAGUGUUAGGCCCAUAUCUCCCGCUUAA